AUGAAACCAGACGAAUCAGUGAGAGUUCAUCAUCACAGUUCAUCGGCGCUGACCACCGGUGUUCAGCACAGUUCGUUGUUGGUGGAGGCAAGUAAACCGCCCACGAGUAAACUGCCCACAAGUAAACCGCCCACAAGUAAACUGCUCACAAGUAAACUGCCCACAAGUAAACUGCCCACACGUAAACUGCCCACAUCUAAACUGCCCACAAGUAAACUGCCCACAAGUAAAUUGCCCACAAGUAAACCACCCGCAAGUAAACUGCCCACAAGAAAACCGCCCACAAGUAAACCGCUGACAAGUAAACUGCCCACAAGUAAACUUCCCACAAGUAAACUGCCCACAAGUAAACUGCCCACAAGUAAACUGACCACAAGUAAACCACCCACACGUAAACUGCCCACAAGUAAACCGCCCACAAGUAAACCACCUAAAAGUAAACUGCCCACAAGUAAACUGCCCACAAGUAAACCGCCCACAAGUAAACCACCCAUAAGUAAACUGUCCACAAGUAAACUGCCCACAAGUAAACCGCCCACAAGUAAACCACCCAUAAGUAAACUGCCCACAAGUAAACUGCCCACAAGUAAACUGCCCACAAGUAAACUGCCCACAAGUAAACUGCCCACAAGUAAACUGCCCACAAGUAAACUGACCACAAGUAAACCACCCACACGUAAACUGCCCACAAGUAAACCGCCCACAAGUAAACCACCUAAAAGUAAACUGCCCACAAGUAAACUGCCCACAAGUAAACCGCCCACAAGUAAACCACCCAUAAGUAAACUGUCCACAAGUAAACUGCCCACAAGUAAACCGCCCACAAGUAAACCACCCAUAAGUAAACUGCCCACAAGUAAACUGCCCACCUGCCCACAAGUAAACCACCCACAAGUAAACUGCCCACAAGUAAACCGCCCACAAGUAAACCACCUAAAAGUAAACCGCCCACAAGUAAACCGGCCACAAGUGAACCGUCCACAAACAAACUGCCCACAAGUAAGCCAACCACGAGUAUAG